UAAUAUGGGAAGUCGUUUGGAACUAGCGUUUGUAACAAAGAUUGAAAUUACACGUUUAUAUGCUAUUUUCUUAUGUGCAUUUGCACAUAAUAGAAUGGUAUGAAAAAGACAAGAGCGAUACAAAGGAUAAAUAGCGAUGCAUCGCGAUGACGUAUUAUUUCAGAAUUCUUCAGGACGCAUUCUCAUGAAACAACCGAUGCGUUGCACCAUCGCACGCAUCAUGCAUAAAUAAAUGUGUACCGUUUGUACACACAUACACAACACAUGCACACAUAAAUAUAUGUGUAGGUAUACUUUUGUCUACUUUUGUAGAUGCGAUUCGCUACGGUGUGCGAUUAAACAUACGGAGAGAAGAUAGUUUGACAAUUGAUAGUCUUGACAGAUCUGACGUUCGAGACGCUGCGCGAUCUUUUGUUCAUUUCAUUGUCGGUCGACAAGUAGACCGAGUUUAACAAUGAGACAUUUUUGAGGCGAGGCUCUCAUGGACAUUACUUGUAAGAGUAAAAAACGCAUCCUUCAAAUGGAGCGUGUUUUCAAAGCUGUACCGGCGGAUUUAAGAGUAAAAAUGGAGGCCCUUGUGCACGAUUUGACUUUGGCACUUGAGGAAAGCAGCAGCAGCGCGAAUCUCAGACGCAGAUGGGGCAUUAGGAGAAGGGCACGUUCUACGGGGAAUAUUCGUAAGUCGGCUUUAAGUAUGAACAGACAUUCAGAUGACAGCUCAUCUUCUAUUUGCGAAGUUCGUAUUCCAAAAACUGCCAGUGUUUCGAAAUACCAAUCUGACAGCGAUGAUACAAAUCAGACCAAACGUUUCGCGCAUUUCUCGAAUUUAAAUAACGCCAGUAAUAUAGAAAGUGACUCAGUAAACGAAAAUUUUGUACCAAGAGCAAAUACAAGACGCAAGAGAAAAUUUAAAAAAAUGGCCAUUGAUUCUGACUCUAAUGCAUCCACUUCUCAAGCAGUGGCAAUUAUGUCAACUUCAACAUUUAGUGGGAAAAAACGUAUUUUUCGAAAUGACUGUAAAAAUAGAUACAGCGCUAUAUGGUGCGGGAAACGUAAGAGGUCGUGUAGAGAACGUUCCAUAGAUUGCGAGAUGAGAAUAUCUAAACCAACCAAAAAUGCAAAGCCGAAAAAUCGAGGUAAAAUGCAAGGCGAAGACACUGUAGAUCAUUCGCGUAUAUCUAGUUCAAGCAUCUCGUCUAGCGAUUCAGAAGCAGGUCUCAUUACUAACGAUGAGGAUAGGGAAGGAGACGAUGAACAAUCAGAUUGGAUCGGUGAGUCGAGUUGGCGAGACGAUGGAGAUAGCACCAGUGACGAUAAAACCACAUCAGAUUCGACUUUUCAAAUGAUACUGCAUGGCGAACACUCAGUAGCCGAAGCCAAGAGGAAUUAUAAACAAAGAAUACAACGGAUUCGCGAAGGUCUCAGCGGUAGAGAGAUCCGCGCUGGGCGACGUCAUGUCGAUAACAAACCGGGUUAUUCCAUCAUAACGUCGGCUAACGAGAAGGUCUCGCGAUUCCUGCAAGAUCCCACUCAGAGCGAGCUGAAACUGCAUCCUAUGCGACAACCCGAACGAGAGAAGCUACGUCGACUCGCCAACCUAUACAGUUUAAGCUUGAAAGGCGAUUUAGGCUGCCCGAUACUAUACAAAACGCGACAUACGACACAGGCUGUGUGCGUAGAUCAAGUGUCAUUGAACAGACUAUCGGACUAUAAGAGAUUGCGAAAGACACCCCCAAAUUCACCGAAUUCGGAUUCCACAAUGCAAACCGAAGAGCCACAGACUUCCAGCACAAGUUUUGGCUUAGAGAUUAUACAACAAGGGCAAAAUAUAUUAGCAGACUUACAAACAUUUUCUUCGAUUAAAUGGGACAACGAAAGUAUGGAUAUCGAGAUACAACAAGGACAGUCAAAGUUUCCUGAUUUUGGACACUCUAAAUCAAGUUAAAUAUAUA